AUGGUUUCGAUGCGGCAAAAGAAGAAGCAAAAUCCAGCAAAGCGAGCAUGGAAGAGCUUCACAAACAUGGUGAAAACCAAAUUCAGAGACAUAGAGAUCGCUGCAUCGGUCAGAGAAUCAACGGCUCGUGUUCUCCGAUUCCUCUCUCGCCGUCUCAUCGUUCCUUUCAGAACAAGGUACCUCGAGAACACUAGCUACACGGACAAAUACUACAGCCGCAAUCAAACUUCUCGGCGGCUUCUUAGCUUCUUCUCUCUCACAAAACCAAAGCGUCGUCGCAAUGGAUACGAGGAUGAUAGUUACUCUCACAUGUAUCAAUACCAAAGCCAAUCACGCAGCGUGGGGACGAGUGAGAGUAAAGAGAGAGUUGUGGUGCGAAAAGAAGAGAAAGAAGAAGAAGAAGGAGAGGUGAUGCCGGAGAUUGCUGAUUCGAUGGAAGAUGCUUGGAGGAGAGUGGUGGCUGCUUCGCCGCAUUUGAGGGUUAACGAGAGAGCCGAUGAGUUUAUCUACAAGUUUAGAGAAAGUAUGAAGAUGGAGAAAGAGAGGUCGUUUCUUGAGUUUCAAGAAAGGUUAAAACGAAGUGCUUGA